AUGAGUGCGCACUCGGACGCUGCAUUGAUCGCCGAGGUAGAAGGUGCGCUUCACUGUCUACUGGACCCCACGACGCCUUGUAAUAACAAGCAGCAGCUAGAGGAGCAACUAACACGAUUCAAGGAGACACCCGCGGUCUGUUUGCCUGUGUUGUUUCACCUGUUAAACACCUCUCAAAACGAAUACUCGCUUUGGUUUGCUGCCACCACGUUAGAAGAGUAUGUGGCCAGAAGAUGGCAAUAUUUUUCAGUCUCAGAGCAGCUGCGCUUCCGUCAGUUUGUGUGGAAUUAUCUAUUGACUGCUACAGCCUCAUUGGGCGCAACACAAGUUGCAUUUGUACGACGAAAGUUACGGAAAGUUGUUGCAGACAUUGCCAGAGUCCAAUGGGGGAGUUGUGAGCAAGGAGUCGCGAGGUGGCCCGAGUUUAUGAGCGAGAUAGAAGCGUUGGUUGUUUCAAAACAGACGAGAGAAAGUGGGUUAAAGCUGCUGAGUGUUGUCGUAGAGGAAUUCGGACGCGACGAUGCUGUAGUGAUGGCCAUAGUCAAACAACAAGCAAAGACGCGGCUGGUGGCAGAGCUUACAAAAGUGCUGGCGCUGCUGGAAAACAUUUUGAAAGGGUGCAGCCAUCUCAUACAGACAGGCGAGGCACAGCUAGUGGUACAACAAGACGGUGUGGCGGAACUUGCGCUGACGACGUUCAACAAUUUUACUACAUGGGCACCAGUUGCUGAGCAGAUGAACGACACAUGGAUUACGUUGCUUUUUGAGCUUGCAAUGAACGGAGAACGCGUUAUCGCUAAAGGAUGGACCAAUAUGUGUGCUUCAAGUGUAGUAUCGCUUCAAUGUCUGACCGAGUUGAUGAGCAAGAGAUUUAUGCCUGCAAAAGUGGAGGAUCUGGUGGGAAACGUAAUGGCUAGUCUAUGUAUAUUGCUGCAAAAGACGACUGGCGAUCACGUUCUUAAACAUGCGACAGAGGAGUAUUUGGAUAAGGUAAGUGAAUUUGUGGAGUCAUUCCUGACGCACCAUGUCAAAAGACUGGGAAAUCCCAAGUAUGGAAAUACUUUGCCGACUUUUCUGCAGUCGAUAUAUGUAUUUACGACAAAGCAGCCUCACGUCAAGGUUUUUUUAAAUUGUUUAAGAGCUUGGGAGGUGAUUGUUUCGUAUAUUGAGGAGAUGGAGCAGAACGAAGCAGUAUUAGUAGCAUAUGAUAAAAGUCUUCAUGGUGUCAUGUUACAUCUUGUGGAACGUGUGAGAUAUGAAUCAAAUCGAAAGCUAGACGAGCUGGGUGAUGACGACGACGUAGGAGCUCAUGGCGAUUUUAAGGAUGUAGAUAGUACAGAUGCAUUUGAGAUCGAAAUUUUGGGUAAUGUGUAUGGGCAAGGCUCCCUGCAAGACCUGGCACAAAUUAGAACGGAUGCUGCAAACAGUGGAAUCACGGGCGAUACAGCGUCAGCGUCCCUAGUUGAGCUUUCGGAAAGAAAACAGUUUGUUGUCGACUGUAUUGCCUUAAUUCGACGUAUAGCUGCACUCCCGGCAUGUGCACUUCCACUGCUGGAGGUCAUGUCACCUCGCGUCCAACGUUGUGCUGAUCAGAUACUCUUUCGCACUCAUGAGAUGCCCAUGUUUCCUCAGCAAUCAGAGCAGCGGGAACAACAAAAAUUCGUAAUACGCGACUUGACGGCUGAUUGCGCGAUACUAGCGUCUGUGUGUGCCAGUUGUUACAGCGCUAGUAACGAUAUAAAUCAGCAAAUGGCGGGUUGGCAAGCCUUAUAUUUGUUUAUCAAGAUAGCGGAAUAUAUGGUGCAUCACCGACUGCACAUUCGAGGUAGUGCGUUUGUUGAGCUGCAGUGCGAAGUUCUCACUAGCAUUCGGCUAUGUCUUAGUUGCAUUCCAUUCGUCAUCCAGAGUGGCGCCAGACAGGACGUCCUUAAUGCUUCAGAUAGUGUACUUCAAGUGCUUUUUAAAACGCUUGACAUGAGUGACGUGCCGUCUCCAUUACCAGUGAUGCAAAACUCAAUGCAACUGCUUGCGAACAUCGGAUUUGUUUUGCCAUACGAAGAUAUUGUGCAGAUUCCGUCCAUGAAGCAGCUUGAGGCCCAUAUACACCAAUUCAGCUUGCACUUGCCUCUUGCGAUCCAAGGUGACCUAUAUACUUCAAUGUCCAACUCGAUCUUAAAUGCUGCGGUAUCACUUCGUGGCAGCAGCAAUGCACCGAAUGGACCUCGCCCCUGGGAAAAUGCCUAUCAUUCUUUGUUAGUUCCUAUUCUCGAAUCCAUCAAUCAAGCUGCGACAUUGCAUCAUAACGAGCAGCGCAUCUUGGAGCAUGCCCUUGUUGCUCAACUGAGGCGUGACUGCUACCUAAUGCGUUGUCUUGCUCGGUCGGUUGAGACAAAACCCAAGGUCGCCAAAGAUGCGUUUUUCUCCGUUAUCCAUACCUCAUUUCCGUCGCUUCUUGUACUACUGACAACGUACUUUACCAUUAUUCGCAAAGAAGCGACUACCGGUGCUUCUCAGUCAAAGGCUGAGGCUUUUAAAGUGAUAAACGAAAUCGUGCGUCUAUACGCCCAAUGUCUGAAGUCUAUCCGUAAGGAAAUGCAGAAAGAUACCGUAGCAGAAAUCAUGCGCACAUUUGUGGAUAUUUUCAACGAUUCGCAGCUAUCAACAGAACUCUUUAACAUGGGAAACUCUGGAGUAAUGGUACUCUGUGGCUUUCUGCAGCUUUUGAAAAUUGUCGUCGAAGAACCGACCUCGGUCUUUGAUACUUUCUUGCAGAAUAUUCUGGAUCUGUGUUUCGGUCCGCUGAAGGAGGUGAUUUUCUCCCACCCUGAAAGCAACUCGAUCAUCUUAAGGUUUUAUGUGGCUAUGAUCGAGCAAUUGUUGGAGAAGCACUUUCGCUUCUUUAUUAUACACUCGGGUCAGUUUACCUCUGAUGGGACACGCGAGCGUGCUUAUGCAUCACAGCAAACACACGUCUACUUCCUGUCUAUUUUUCAAAGUCUUGCGAGUAUAUUGAGCCGCGAAGACUCGGACUUGGCACCUCGGCUCUGCAAACAGGUUUUAAGUUUGUUAGACCGAGUCGACAAAACGCAUGGGCUAUUUGCGUUUACAGGCUUCCAAAGUGAGCUGCGAAUGGGCUUUCUCUCUACAUUAAUGAACAUUUUGACACGUGGCGAGAUGAAUUUACUCCGCGAUGAAGUUAUUCAAUUGCUUCAUCGCAUCGCGGCAGUAGACUUUACUUCGUUUUAUCAAUCGUUCUUAAAUGGCUACAUCAAAGAGAUUUUGACACAGCCACAGCUUGAAGCGGCUUCGAAACUGAACGGAAAAUGUCUGCAAUGGAGUGGCCAGGUAGACCUUCCUACGUUUUCGCAGGAAGCGAUCGCAUUUUUGAAUGAUCUUAAAGUGAUCAAGGCACAAAAUUAA